AUGUACACCAACGCCGAAAAGCCUAUCUCUGUGGAUGAGGAGCAUGUUCCUCCGAAGCCACCGACAUUUCCUGAAGGGGGCCUGAAGGCAUGGAUGGCAGUUCUAUCCUGCUGGUGUGUGAUGUUCAAUACAUUUGGUUACAUCAAUGCGUUUGGUAUCUACGAAGCAUACUACGGACAAACGCUUCUCAGAGGCCAAAGUGCCUCAAACAUUGCGUGGAUUGGCUCCCUCCAAGUCUUCUUCAUGUUCUCAGCAGGCCUAAUUUCCGGGCCACUGAUGGACCGCUACGGUCCCAGGGUUAUCCUGAUUCCAUGCUCGCUGUUGUUCAUCCUGUCAGUCAUGUUGACUAGUCUGUCCAAAGAAUAUUACCAGUUUAUUCUAGCACAGGGAAUUCUGGGAGGGAUCACCAAUGGCCUCACAUAUACCCCUACCUUGACCGCUGUCAACCAAUAUUUCUUCAAACGGCGUCCACUCGCAAUAGGAAUCGCAUCCAGUGGAUCCUCUCUCGCAGGAAUCCUCUUCCCCAUCGCCUUAAAUCGCAUGCUCCACCGCACCGACCUCGGCUUUGGCUGGACAGUCCGCAUCCUCGGGUUUGUCAUGCUGGCCUUGAGCAUCAUCGCCUGCGUCUCUGUGACCUCCAACGUUCCGAAACGACGCACCGGGCCUCCUCUCCUCCUCGAAGCAUGGAAGCAUCCGGGCUACACGAUCCAAAUCAUCGGCCUCUUCCUAGUGAUCUGGGCGCUUUUCGUCCCAUUCUACUUCAUCCCCGGCUACGCGCAGUCCAUCUCCAUUAGCGUCAACCUCUCAUACUACCUAAUAGCCAUCGUUAACGCCGGGUCCCUCAUUGGUCGACUUCUCAGCGGCGCCGUCGCCAACCAUCUCGGUCGAUUUAAUACGCUAUCUGGGGCGUGCUUCAUCUGCGGGAUUCUCAUCUUUUGCUGGCUCCGCAUCACCUCACACGGCGGAAUGAUCGUCUUCUCUGUGCUCUUCGGCUUCUUCAGCGGCACCGUCAUCUCGUUAUUCACGGCGACGAUCGCCAUGACGGCCCCUCAACCGAACCAGAUCGGGUCAUACAUGGGUAUGGCGCUGGGUGUGCUCAGUGUGGCCGGACUAACGGGGACACCAAUCACCGGGGCCAUGAUAAACAAAUACGGGAACUAUGAAGCUGCGAUUAUCUUCGCUGGGGUUGCGUCGCUGCUUGGGGCGAGUAUAAUCUUUGCUGCAAGGGUUGUUAUUGCGGGGAUGAAGAUGGUUGCUUGA